AUGGCCGCCAAGCAGGAGGUGAGAGGCAGUUACACAGAGGGCUCUGACACAGAGGGCUCUGACACAGAGGGCUCUGACACAGAGGGCUCUGACACAAAUUACGUAAACCGUUUAGUGGAAAAUGCUUGUCGAUCUGGUGAAGAAUUUAUCAACUUAUACUAUGAAACUUUUGACAAACGAAGACAUGUUUUGUCGAAGCUCUACACGGACACAUCCGAAAUAGUGUGGAAUGGACAUCAUGUGAAGGGGUUUGAUGGAUUGAAUGAAUAUUUUGCUUCACUACCUGCCUCAGCUCAUCAUGUUCAUGCUGUAGAUUGUCAACCAGUCUCAGAAAAAGUUUCUCCCGGAAGUACGACCAUUGCGGUGUUUGUUGAUGGUACCGUGUCAUAUGAUGAUGGAAAACCGAAAAUAUUUUCGCAAAACUUUGUUUUAAAUGCCGAGGGAGAUGUUUGGAAAGUCGUCAGCGACUGUUUUAGAAUCACGCCGUAACGUUGCACGUUACCGACUGACAAGAAUACUGUUUCAAUGGUGAACGUUGUUCUACCGUCCGAAUGUCACAUUGGUAGAUUCCGGUUUGGUUUGGUAGAUUCCUGGGUUUCGCCACUUGGUGACCAAAUUAUCUAACGUAAAGCUUUGUAUUGCAUGCUCUGCUGUGUGAAUGACAAACAUGUGACAAGGUUCAUUGUCCUUGGCACUAGAACUACACCUCUGAGGAUCUUACAUCCAACCCUAAAAUGAUUCGUGAAUCAAUUCCAAAGAAUAUAUUUUGGUUAUUAUUAAACAGCAAGAUCGUGCUUUAUUUUAAAUCGUGCUUGCAAUUUUGUCAAGAAACGAACGAAAAAUAGCAACCACAUAGUGUAAACAUGUGCAAUAUACAAUGUAAUGCAUAUAAUUCAAAACAAACUAUUGCGUUACACUACCACUGAUUGCUACUGAGCGUUACAUGUUUAUUUGGUAAUUUCUAUCAUUAGAAUUUGCAUUAUUUUGCGGCUAGUUUGCGUAAUGUGAUUGCUGUCUUGCGUUUUUUAGUUGCUUAUCAAGCUAUUAACGAAAAAUGUGUGGUUGUUAGUUACAAAAUUGUGUUGUGUUUACGCCAUACUAUCGCUACGUAGCUAUAUGGUUGCGAGUUCGCCUUCUGAGGUUGUUUAUUCACGUUAAGUGUUUUGUUAUUGCAUCACUCUUUAAAAUCAUUGGGGUUACAAAACUCUGAAAAAGACAAAAUGUACCAUUUGGAAACAUGCGUAGUUCCAGAACAGGCUGCUAUGGGGAGACCGACCUUCACUGUCCUUGCAAGUAUAUUAUUGCAAAAGCCAUCCAAAGUACUUGGAGAGUGACGAUUUACCGACCCGUCUACAUAUAUUUGUGUGUCAAUUGUUGCUGGAUCUUGGCAUUCUCUCCCUAUGCACCAAGAAAUAAGUACGAUAGAACAGACAGAAUCUUUCAAACCCAAAAACUUAAUUUUGUCGUUUUUUAAUAUUUUUUUCUUUUUUAAAAAAUGCUUCGAGUAUUUA